AUGUCUCUCGUCAACCUCGCUCACGUCUGCUCGCACCUGAACAAUGCCUGCAAGGCCCGCCUCGGCCUCACCUCCAUCCCCAACUCCAAGCUCCACCUGAAACUCGCCCUCGCGCUCCAAAACGACGGCUACCUCUCCUCCGUCGUCCGCGGAGGCCCGACUCCUCCCCCUGUACACCCUAUCCUCGGCAACCCGAACCCAGUCGAUGAGGUCGAAGGCAUCGAGCCCGUGACUCAAAGUAACGUCGCUACCCGACGACUCUGGCUUGGCUUGAAGUACUGGCAGAGCGAGCCCGUGCUGGGCAAGUUGAGCAUGGUUAGCAAGCCGACACGACGAGUGACGAUCGAUGUGGCUGGUCUGCGUCGGGUGAUUCGCGGUGAGCGGGAUAACACUGUUGAGGGUAUUCGCUCGCCUGGUGAGAGCUUGUACAUCUCUACGGACCGGGGUAUCUUGGAAGCUAGGGAAUGUGUGGAGAAGAAGCUGGGUGGGUUGGUCUUGUGCCGUAUUCGCUAA